AUGAUGUCACAGUCUGGCCAUGAUUAUGACCCCAGCAACUAUAUGAAGAAGCCACUUGGCCCCCCACCACCAACAUAUACGUGUUUUCGAUGUUUAAAGCCUGGCCAUUACAUUAAGAACUGUCCUACAAACGGAGACAAAAGUUUUGAGUCUGCUCCCAGAAUAAAAAAGAGCACAGGUAUCCCUCGGAGUUUUAUGGUGGAGGUUGAAGAUCCCAAUAUGAGGGGAGCCAUGCUUACAAACACUGGAAAAUAUGCCAUACCAACUAUUGAUGCUGUGGCAUAUGCCAUGGGGAAAAAGGAAAAGCCUCCUUUUCUGCCUGAUGAACAAUCUUCCUCUUCUGAAGAGGAAGAUCCCAUACCUGAUGAGCUGCUGUGCAUGAUAUGUAAAGAUAUUAUGACCGAUGCAGUGGUAAUACCUUGCUGUGGGAACAGCUAUUGUGAUGAAUGUAUCCGCACGUCUUUAUUGGAAUCCGAUGAGCAUACGUGCCCCACUUGUCAUCAAAAUGAUGUUUCACCAGAUAACUUAAUCGCCAACAAAUUCCUGCGUCAGGCUGUGAAUAAUUUUAAGAACGAAACCGGUUAUACGAAGAGGAUUCGCAAACAGCAGUCUGCUCCACAGCAGCGGCAGCAACAGCAGCAUCAGCAUCAAACAGCCCCAGCCCCACGUACUGCAACACAGCCAUCUCGUCCAUUGACCUCUCGCCAGCAAGAUCCUCUUAUUGCUCCCACUACUACUACUACUACUACUACUUCUACUACUACAACUACUAGUGCUAUUGUACCAGCAACAACUGCUGCAGCAACUUCUGCUUCACAGACUACUACUACAAGCCUUUCCACUGCACCCAGUACAACACAGUCCAACCCUCCAGCUAAUGCUGUGCCACAGACUGCUCCCCCUACAGACCCACCAGCUGCACAGCCAGUACCUGCACCUAAGGAGAGAGAAAAAACAGAGUCUGUAUUCCACAGUCAAGAGAAGAGAGAGAGUUCCCGCUCAGGUACUGGGUCUUCGGCUCCAGUUACAUCAGCUGGUAUUUUACCUCCACCUAACAGCCUACUCAUAGGAGACAAGGGCUUCCAUGUUCCAGUACUUGGCCAGGCGCCUCCUGUUGCUCACAACCUUCCUCCCCCAACUCCGCUUAUGCGAGCCACUAUUUCCAGGCCAUCUGUCCCAAGGCCACACAUGGGAUGGGACAGCCAUAGUCGUGGGCGGCAUCCUCACAGUGAUCGUCCACCUAGAAACCAAGGGCCAUCUAUAGCCUCCUCAGGCCCAGUCUAUGUCCCCCCUCCAACGCCUCUUUUUCCUCCACCACCACCACAUGGACUUCAGCUUCCUCCUGGGGUGCCACCACCUCAGUUUCCUCCACAGUUCCCACCUGGCCAGCCUCCAACUGCCGGCUUUAAUGUUCCACCACCAGGAUUUCCCUCAGCACCUGCUACAGUAUCUGCUCCAUGGGUUGCCCCAGCCAUUCAGGGUGCUCAUGCCAGUACUCUACCAGCCCAGUCCCUGGCACCUCCUUUAUCCAAAGAGGAGUUUUAUAGAGAACAGCGUCGCCUGAAAGAGGAAGAGAAGAACAAAAUAAAAUUUGAAGAGUUUACAAAUGAUUUUGCUAAGGAACUUUUGGAAUACAAGAAAAUCCAAAAAGAGCGAAAGCGUUCAUAUUCAAGGUCUAGAUCUCCAUACUCUGAAUCAUCCUACAGUAAAAGUUCUUAUACCUACUCCAAAUCAAGAUCUUCGUCAAGGUCACGCUCCUAUUCUCGCUCUUUCAGUCGAUCACGCUCUCGGUCUUUCUCGCGAUCCCCUUCUUACCAGAGGAAGACCCAUGGAAAAGGACGUGCUUACCGCUCCAGAUCACGUUCUCAUGGCUACCCCCGCUCCAGAUCCAGGUCUCCAUACAGAAGAUACCACUCUCGAUCUAGAUCUCCUUCAUACAGACCUCCAUCUCCCAACAAUAAGAGACUACUUCCCCAAAUUGAAGGAGAACGGGAUUAUGUUAACCGUUACCGUGAAUUCCCACCAUAUGAUGUGAAGGCAAUGUACGGCCGGCAGCCUGAUCUGAGGGAUCCUUUUGAAAAGGAAGCUUUUAGAGAGUGGGAAAGAAAAUACAGAGACUGGUAUGAAAAGUAUUAUAAAGGGUGUGCAGUGAAUACUAUGCCAAUGCCAAGGCCAAGGUCCCCUCCUGGUAGGGAGAACUUUCCAGACAACCGAUAUCUCCUUCCUCCUCAGGCUCGGAGGGAACACUCCCCAUUUAAUCGCAGCCACAGAGACAAUUAUCCUCCACCUCUUGUUCCCCGAAUUCGUCCUGUAGUUAGCAGUUAUCCUGAAAAGGUAUUGCCCCGUGAUGCUCAUAUGGUGAAAGAAUCUAGACGAUCUAAGGAGAGGAAGCUUUUGUUCCAGCUGGAGAUUCCCGAGGAAACAAACAUAAGAAACAUCGCAAAAAAAGGAAGGAGGAGGGAGAAGGUCCUUCUAAGCCUGUUGUUGAACCUUCAAGAAAACGUCGAGAUUCUCAUGGGGAAGAUGUCAAAAGAGCUGAACCUCUCUUUGUUCCCACAAACAAAGAUGAUGCUACUCCAGUUAGGGAUGAGCCUAUGGAUGCAGAGUCUGUUGCUCCAAAAUCUCUUUCUGACAAGGACCGACGGGACAAACCCAGAGUGAAACCUGAAAAGGCAAAGCGCCGAACAGAAGUUGUCCAGCCCAAAAAGGAUAGCUCUUCCAAGGUCGUCAAGACUGAGAAAGCUGGCAGUGAUGGAGAUAAAGCAAAGUCUUCAUCUCUUGAACCUCCCCCAAAGAAAGUCAAAGAUGAGACCCCAAAAGCAGAAAACUCCAAGCAUACCACCUUACCAAAGGAUGAGAAAUCCAGCAUGCUGCCCCGCAAAGUCCAUCUCAAAGCUGUAAAAGAGAAUCAGGAUAGCAAACAAUCUAAGGAUGACAAAAACAAAAAAGAACAUUCCAAAGAUUCCAAACAAGACAUCCCACCAGCUAAAGAAGAAAAGGUUAAAAAAGCUGCAGAAAAACCUAAAACUGUGGACUCCAAGCCUGACAAGCGCAAGCGAAAAACCGAUGAGAAAACCAGUGAUAAGGGGUUAGAGAAACCACCAGCUAAGACUGCCAAAACCGAUACUGCUGAGGCUUUAAAACAACCUACCCCCAAAGUGAAGACUGAGUCAGAAGUUACAAAGUCUGAGAAAGUCCCAGAGAAAGAGAAAGCUGCCGCCCCCCCCCCCACCACCGCCACCCCACCCCCCCCCAACCACCACCACGACAACUGUGAAAAAGAUAAAGCUAAAUCGUGAAACUGGUAAGAAGAUUGCUAACUCAGAUGCUGCUGGAGUGCCAGAGGAGACCCAAGAGAAAACGGAGUCUGCUGUUGUUGCCAAAGCUAAAUCAGAACGUGCUAAGGGGAAAGUGAAGAAGAAAAUCACUGCGGCUGAUGGCUCUACCCUCGUAGAUUAUGCUAGCACUAGUUCCACUGGUGGAAGCCCUGUUCGAAAAGCGGAAGAGAAGCAAGAUGCCAAGAGAACGGUUAUUAAGACUAUGGAAGAGUACAACAAUGACAGCACAGCUCCCCCCGAGGAUGUUAUUAUAAUGGUUCAGGUUCCUCAGUCAAAGUGGGACAAGGAUGACUAUGAGUCUGAGGAGGAUGAUACAAAAGAUUCACAGGGAGUGUCCAGCGUUGGAAAGCCAGUGAGUGUUGUGACCAAACCAAUGUCUACUGUAAUUUUGCCUGAAAAAGAUGCUGAAAAAUUAAAAACAACCAGAGAACAGGGAAAAGAGGCUACGUCACAGGAUGGAAAACCUUCCAAAGAAAGCUUAGUAACUGUAACCAAGGUCAGAGCAAAAGACAAAGGCAGUCCAGCUGUUGAUGACAGGAGAAGCAAUUCUGAUCGCAGCCAGACUUCUUCUAAAGAGAGGGCAUCUGAGAAGCCAGAUUCUAGUCGUGGAGGUUCCACUAAAGACUUCACCCCCAAUCGGGAGAAAAAAACAGAAAUGGACAGCAAGGAUAAAAAACUGGAACACGAAAGGGAAAAAAGGGGUGAUCAUGACACCAGAGAAAGGGACAAGAAACAUGAUCACGACAAGAAGCAAGACUAUGAUAGCCGCGACAAAAAAACAGAGCAUGACAGCAGAGACCGAGAAAGAAGGCAAGAGCAUGAUGGAAAAGACCGGGAGAGAAAGGGCGAGCAUGAGAACAGAGAGAAAAAGUCUGACCAUGAUAGCAAAGCAAAGAAACCGGAUCAUGACACGAAGGACAGGAAGCCUGACCAUGAUGGACGGGACCGUAACAACUCCAAGAGACGGGAUGAGCGGAGAAAAGACUCUCCAAACAGAACGAAAGAAUCAUCCUCUACUUCACAAAAACAAAGACCCAGGGACACGUCCAGCGACUCUUCUAAAAAGGCAUCUAAAGAGUCUAAAAGUAGUCCAGGACAAGAGCACACAUCAAGGACAGAGCAGAAAUCAGACACUAAACGUCCAAGCAACGAUCAGCCGUCAUCUGAUAAAAAUGGUGAUAGGGGAAAGGAGAAAGCCCCCAAGUCAAAAACAGAUGAUGCGGGUGACAAAAAAUCCUCCGUCUCUAAACGCUCUUCCCCUGAAACAAAAACUGACAAGGAAGCCAGCGAAAAAGACUCUUCGAAGGCCAAGGUGCCCCAGAGCCGAUCCACACGGCUCUCGACAGACCUGACUAGAGACACAGAUGAAGCUUCCUUUGUGCCUGACUACAACGAAAGUGAUAGUGAGGCUUCUGUCAAACAGGAAGACAUUGCCCAAGACCCUCAGGAUACAAAAAACAAGGAUGAGGAACCCGUGGAUAACACGGAGCCAGGCAGCCUACCUGCCACUGCUCCAAGCAGCCGAACAGCAAGCCGCAGCCGUAGCCACAGCCCUGUAGAAUCUCACAGCCGCAGCAGCAGCGCCAGCUCAGCAGGGAGCCAAGACAGCAAGAAAAAGAAGAGAAAAAAGGAGAAAAAGAAACACAAAAAACAUAAGAAACACAAGAAGCAUAAGAAGCACACUGGCAAUGAGUCAGAGACUGAAAAGAGCCAAAAACACAAACACAAAAAAAAGAAAUCUAAAAAGAGCAAAGACAAAGAGACUGACCGAGAGGAGGCUAAAACCAAGCCUCCAGCACCCAACUAA